ACACCGAUAGACCAGAAUGGCAUCCGGCUACGACAGAGCUCUCUCAGUUUUUAGCCCUGAUGGGCACGUCUUCCAGGUCGAAUACGCCUUGGAAGCCGUCAAAAGAGGUACCUGUGCGGUUGGAGUGAAAGGAAAAGAUAUCGUCGUUUUAGGCUGCGAAAAGCGAUCGGCAAUGAAGCUUCAAGACACAAGGAUCACCCCCUCCAAAAUUGGCCUCAUCGAUGAACACGUUUGCCUUGCCUUUGCCGGUCUCAAUGCAGAUGCUAGAAUAUUGGUCGAUAAGGCGAGAGUGGAGGCACAAUCUCACCGACUGACGGUCGAAGAUCCCGUAACGAUCGAAUACAUUACAAAGUACGUCGCUGGUGUACAGCAGCGUUAUACUCAAAGUGGUGGUGUCCGGCCAUUCGGUAUCAGUACCUUAGUAGUCGGAUUUGACAGCGGAGACUCCACUCCUCGCCUCUACCAGACCGAGCCUUCGGGCAUAUAUUCCGCAUGGAAAGCAAAUGCAAUUGGCCGGUCUAGUAAAACUGUCCGAGAGUUCUUGGAACGAAACCAUAAGGAUGGCAUGGACAGGGAAGAAACCAUCCAACUCGCAAUCAAAUCGCUGCUCGAAGUCGUCCAAACUGGCGCCAAGAACAUCGAAAUCGCAAUCAUGGCCCCGGGAAAGCCAAUGGAAAUGCUCCCCAGCGAACAGAUCGAGACGUAUGUAAAGAGCAUAGAGGCCGAGAAACAAGAGGAAGCGGCGAAGAAAAAGACGGGUAGGACCCCAGGGACCGGCACUGCCGCGAUACUGACUCGGGCCGGCGGAGAAGGUUCUGAGAGCUGAAGGGUUGGGAUACUUGACCAUGCAGCCCUUUUUCAGACUCUUGUUCUCAUUUUCAUCAGAAGCAAUCGUUCUAUCAUACUCAAACAGACGUAUUGUGAUCGCGGUUUAAUCUAG